AUGGAUGACCCCUAUCACAACAACGUGAACCAGCAGGUGACGCAGGGCGGAGAGUACACCUACACCCAGGAUGGGAGCGGUCAGGAAGGCUACCCUUACCAAGCGGACUACCCUCCGCAGGAGGAGGAUGCUGCUAGCGAUGACACCGAAGGAGCAGAUGACGGCGAGCAGAUGUACGAGGGGGAGUACCAGGGCGUCCCCCACCCCGACGAGAUCAAGGAGGCGCGGCGGGCAGCUCGGGUGGAGGCCAGGAGGAAAGCCCGUCUGGCAGCCCAGCAGGAAGAUGAGGAGGAUAACCUGGCAGAGCAGUACGAGACCAUCAUGGAGGACUGCGGCCACGGGCGCUUCCAAUGGAUGCUGUUCUUCGUGCUGGGCCUGGCGCUGAUGGCCGACGGAGUGGACGGCUUCGUGGUGGGCUUCGUCCUGCCCAGCGCCGAGAAGGACAUGUGCAUAUCCAACGCUGACAAAGGACUGCUGGGUCUGCUGGUGUAUGUGGCCAUGAUGGUCGGGGCGCUGGUAUGGGGGGGACUGAGUGAUAAGAUGGGCAGGAGGAAGUGUCUGAUCUACGUGCUCACCAUCGACCUGGUCUUCUCCUUCCUGUCCUGCUUCGCUCAGAGCUACGGCUUCUUCCUCUUCUUCAGGUUCUGCUCAGGCUUUGGAAUUGGCGGCUCCAUCCCGAUCGUGUACACCUACUUCACUGAGUUCCUGCAGAUGGAUAAACGUGGAGAACAUCUGAGCUGGCUCUGCAUGUUCUGGAUGCUGGGAGGCCUGUACGCCUCCUUCACUGCCUGGGGAAUUAUCCCUCACUAUGGUUGGGGCUUUGCCAUCGGUACCGAGAUCCAGAUGCACAGCUGGAGACUGUUCAUCCUGGUGUGCCUCCUGCCUGUGCUCGCUGCUCUCGUCGGAGUGGUCUUCAUGCCGGAGAGCCCACGGUUCCUCCUGGAGAAUGCCCGUCAUGAUGAGGCCUGGAUGAUCCUGAGAAGAGUUCACGACACCAACUGGAAGGCCAAGGGGGAGCCAGAGAGAGUUUUCACUGCGACAAACAUUAAGACUCCACAGACGCAAGAUGACGAGUUCAUCGAGAUCCAGAGCGACACCGGCACAGCCUUCCAACGCUGGACCGUCAGACACAUGACCAUGCUGCAACAGGUGAUGGCUAACAUCAUGUCAUUAUCAGCUCCAGAGUUCAGACUGCAAGGUCUCUUCCUGGUUAUUGUUUGGUUCUGUUUGGCCUUCAGCUACCACGGACUGGGCGUUUGGUUCCCUGAUAUGAUCAAGUACAUGCAGUAUGAAGAGUAUGAGUCCAAGGUUCGAGUGUUCCACCGGGAACGGGUCGAACGCUUCCACUUCAACUUCUCUCUCGUCAACCAAAUACACCGUGAGGGAGAGUACAUCCAUGACAAGUUUGCAAACAUUGAGAUAAAGUCUGUGAAGUUUGAGGAUUCUCUGUUUGAGAACUGCUACUUUGAGGAUGUCAGGUCGACCAACACCUUCUUUGAGAACUGUACCUUCAAAAGCACCGUCUUCUACAACACAGACCUCUGGCAGGAAAAGUUCAAAGACUGUCGAAUGGAGAACACCACCUUCCUCCACCCAAAGAAAGGCUGCCACCUGAACUUCAAGGAAGAGAACGACAUCGUCAUCUACAUGGUCAGCUUCCUGGGCAGUUUUGCUGUGUUGCCUGGCAACAUCCUCUCAGCAUUAUUCAUGGACAAGAUAGGAAGGAUCAGAAUUAUAGGGGGUUCUAUGCUGGCAUCGGCUGCCUGUACCUUCCUGCUGCUGUUAAGUUUCAGUCAAGGAGCUGUGAUAUGUUGGCAGUGUCUCUUCUACGGAACCAGCAUAGCAGCCUGGAACGGACUUGAGGUUAUUUCUGUGGAACUCUAUCCAGCCGCUAGAAGGGGGACAGCUUUCGGAAUCCUGAAUGGAAUCUCUAAGUUUGCAGCCCUUAUUGCCAGCUUCAUCUUUGCAGCCUUCAUCGGCGUUACCAAGAUCGUCCCCAUCUUCCUGGCCUUCGCCGCCCUCGUCUGCGGUGGCCUGGUGGCUCUCAAGUUGCCCGAAACCCGGGAGAAAAUCCUGUCUUGAAAAGCCAAACUCCUGCAGCCUCCAGGCCCCAAACACAGUAUAGCUAUGGGGAUAGCUUUGGUGGGAAAGAAUCAGCUUUAACUGAAGUGAAAAGACAAGAAAUAAAGGCCACACUAUGCUUGCUGUGUGUAUCAGUCUGUCAUGGUUAUACUGUAUGAGUAAAAUGUUGAAACUUGUUUGGUUGCCUACACGGACCUGUGGUGGCUUCCUGACCCCUCGGUGAGCCCCUCAGGCCGCCCACCUUUUCUGACACAUCGUACCAAACUAGUGUUUGUUAUUUCUUUUUCACUAUUUACUCCCCGUCCCUCUGUGCACACACACACACAUACACACAGCGUAGCGACUUUCGUUUUGUUUGAGGUUUGUGUAAAAAAAAUAUUAAUAAGAGAUUGUGUCUGUACUUGAAAGGUGAUGUAGUUCAUGUUACCAUGUUGUGCUUUGAUUUCAUUCCCUGCUGAAAGCUAAAGGAGAGGUACAUAGGUUGUGAUCAGAACUGGAACUGGAUUGGACGCCUCACUUCCAUGGCUCAACAGCAAUAUCACGGCUGGUGUUGUUCAGAGGAAACACCCCUUUCAUCCACUCACUCUUUAUUUACUCUGCACCAUUCUGCGGUGUCUUUAGUCUUCUCUGUAUUGCUUGGUCUGUUCUCUAUAGAUAUAAACCUGGAUCGACCAUUUUAUUCUAUGUAGCAGUUUUUUUCUUUUAGAUCAAGUCAACUUCUGUUCAUUUCUCCCACUUGCUCCAAAUUCCAACCUGAACAGCCGACUGCAUUUUCCCUCCUGUUUGUCGUCUUGUCUUCAACUCUGAGACGUUGUGUCUGUCCCUUAACUUUAGCACUGUGUUCUGUAGCUGGUGAUAAUAACGUAGAACUCUUAUCUGUCACAUCUUGCCAUGACAACGUAUAAGGAAUUGUUCUGUUUGUUUAUUGAUUUCUUUUCUAAAAAUGAUACAAAACUGUGAGAUUAGAUCUUUUGAUAUGAUGCUCUCAUUUUAACAUUCUGAUGAAGAACUGUUUUACGGAACCUGCUGCAUUUCUGACAACACGUGUCAAGAUUUCUAAGGAGCAUGUUACUUUUUUUGGCGUGACUGAGUUGCGUGUGCGUGUGUGGGGUUGUUAUCCACAUGUCUGUGAAUUUAAUGAAACACAAUAGUCUGAUUACCAAUACUAUAUUUGUUGUUGUACAUAUUGUAGACCUGUG